AUGCGGGACUUCACUCGAGAUCAACUCUGGAAUCUCGCAAAAUGCCUCAUGGCAGCGGAUGCGCGGCCAACAGCGGAGGAGCUGCAGACAUCAGAGAUCAUCACCGUGGAUAAUUUAUACACGGCCCUGGUGCUCCCUGUAACGCACCGGAUAUUCCCUACACCGCCGCCAUUCGGCGUCAGCAGGGAGACCAUGCGGAAUGCUCCGCCAUCUCUCUAUGUCUACACGUUCGCUCACGGCACGAACUAUCAGGCGGCAGCGGACAUACUCAAACAAGGCAUCGUCCGCCCUACAUCCGUCCCAGAGGAUCCAUCCAAAGCAUGCGUCCUCUACGGGGACAUCGUUCUUGCUAUUCUGCUAUUGGUAGGCAGAGUGCAGAGGCUCUUCGCAGUUUACAGGCUUUGGUUGCACGAGGCCCGUGGUCGCCUGGACAUUGCUUUCAUCCAGGUAGCAGGGUUGCACUCUCUGCUUCUGAGUUUCGGCAACAGGCUUGUGCGUGCUGAAGUAAACAUUGAGGAGGCGAGAGGUGAAGUUGCUCGCACCAUCUUCAACUUCAACGGCAGACUUGAGUCUGUCGAGGACGGUCUGGAGGAGGGCCUUGAAAACCAAGCCGAUUGUGUGGCUUUGUGUGACACCAUGUCCAACAGUGCACUGGCUGCAGCAGUCUUUGAUGCCGGCCUGGAGAACUCUGCAGUGACGGCCUUGGUCUUGCCUUGGGAGCAAGGACGCGACGACUCGGCUGAAGCGGCAGUGCUUCCUUCCAGUGAGGAAGCGACCAGAUCCAGCAUUGCGAGGUUCGGUAGUUCGUCUUCAGAAGUGGUUUCCUUGAAGCACGCCGUCCCAGUGAUGGCUAGGAAAGUGAGGCUUUGCGAUGAGGACAUGUUUGAGCUUCAUGUCCAGAGGUUUGAGCUAAUCCUUGCACACUCUUAUGAAGCCUCGAUUUUAGGGCGCAGCUUCCGAGGGGUAACCUUGGAAGCAAGGCACGCCAAGGUUAGGCUGGCACUUGGAGGCAAGGCGCCUCGCACAUUGCAGAAGACGUAUGACCAGGCUGCCAGAUAUGGGCAGAUCGCUGAAGAGUUUCUCAGGCACCUUGUCGAUUCAAGCGGUAAGCAUUCGGUGCUCACUGGUGCAGUCGAGUGUUUUGCAUUCUUGCAUCAUGUGCUUGGGGUUGACAUGGAGCCAAAUUCCUGCAGCAACCCAAUUGUGCAAGGGAUCCUUACGAAAGCCCGCUUGGAGCGGCCUGCGAAGAAGCAGGCGAGAGCCUUGCUUGUUGGUGAAGUUCUUGCUUUGGAAGCUUUGCUUGCGGAUCAGUGCCGCUUGCUCAUAGAUCGGUUUUGCGCUGGAGCCUUCCUUUUCGCCCUGUAUGGCCGAGCUAGGCUGGGGGAUCUUAGGGUUCUCGAUUGCUUCAUCGCUGAUCUUCUUGAGGAUAGUGCUAGCGGAUGUGGCUACCUUGAGGUCCUGUCUCUUUCGCAUAAGUGCCGCAGUACCAGCAACAGCAAGGGCAUGCGCAUGCACAUUGUGGUGCCUGCCAAAGGCAUCGGUCCAACGUGCUGGGGCAAGGGCUUCAUAUCUGUUGCAAGGGAGCUGGGUCGUGACCUCACCAGCAUUGCUUCUGGAGAGCCUUUGCUGUACCUGCCAGAUGCUCAUGGGAACUUCUCCAAUGUGCCUGCUGAUACAGAUCGCUUUGCUGGCUGGGUGCUGGAUCUGCUGUCAACGGUGCCAGCCUACAGCGGGGAUAAGAUUUCAGGGCAUUCCGCAAAGGCCACACUGCUAUCGUGGAUGGGUAAGGCCGGCACAGAUUUUGACACACAAACCCUUCGUGGGCACCAUGUGUUGGUUGGUCGUAGCAGUGCCCUGACCUACGCUCGGGACACACAGGCAGCUCCAGUCAGAAAGUUCGAGGCGCUUAUAGGCGACGUGCGCCGAGGAGUUUUCCUUCCUGACUCCACGAGGUCCGGACGCUUUGCGCCUGAGGAGCCUGCCAAGUCAGAUGCUCAUUUGGAGGGUGGUCCUGAGCCUACGUUUGCUUUCCCGCCGUCCCCGCCUCCUCAGCUUGAUGACUCCUUCACCCCUUUUCCGAUGCCUGGUUUCCUAGAUCAAGCUGGUCAGGAUCCUGCGGGUGAUGUUGAUGCCGACUGGUUGGGAGAGCGGGACUGGUAUGCUGAGGCAGCAGCAGAAGGGCAAGAGCCACAGCCGGAGGAUGAUCCAGACUUGGGAACAGGUGCCGGGGACUGCGAUGUUGAACCUGGUGGGAGCGAGAGCUCCUCUAGCAGUGAGUCGUCUUCCUCUGAGUCUGUUGAUGAGAGAGUUCAAGCUUCUGGAGAGAGAGCUGGUGAACUUGAGCAUAGAAAGCUCAAUGAGUGCCUUAUGUACAGGCAUAAGACCACCAGGACGGUGCAUCUGCUUCCUGCCGGAGCCUCAUCGGGCCUUCCAAAGUUGAUCAUGGCAGCCUUGGUGUAUCCACAGCGUGACCAGUGCCCCUGGGCACAGGCAGCUCGGCGAUGCAUGUGA